AGAGAGCUUGAAAGGAUGCAGGGAAGAUGGCGAUGAAUGUAAAGAACAGAGAUGCUUUUUAUUCAAGUGCUGACUAUUGCAAUAUCUACAGCUCUCAGCCUGUAAACUAUGGAGAUUGCAGCCAUUAUUUCCCACGGAUGACAGGUCCAGACCCUGUUUUAAAACCACCUCUUAGCUUGUUAUGUCAUCAGCCGCCUCAGCCCUUCCAGGCCAUGACCCCAAUCCAAAACCUCAGUCCCCCGCCGGUGAUGAUGUCGCCGGACCCCUUGCGAUUCCCACACUGCACUCCUCUAGCCAUAAAGCCGCCCCCUCACCUCCAGUUGCCGCCCAACCCACCCAUCCCAGCACCCCCCGUCCUCAGUCCCAAGCCCCCCGAGGAAGACGGUCAGGCGGUGGGUGCUGACCAGGAAGCCACUCUGGAAGAGCUUUGCAAGCCUCUGUACUGUAAGCUUUGUAACGUCACUCUCAACUCUGCCCAACAGGCUCAGGCACAUUAUCAGGGGAAAAACCACAGUAAGAAGCUGCGCAAUUUUUAUGCUGGCAGCCAGCAGCCACCUCCCAUUAGAAUACCAGAGGUAGUAGAGCCUGUUUCCCAGCAACCCUCAGCCACUCCACCCACAGAUUCUGCAAAUGUGACUGCCAACCAGCCACUCUCUAAGGGCACUAGCAGAAUCAUACUGGCCACAGAAAAUGACUACUGCAAGCUGUGUGACGCUUCCUUCAGCUCCCCCGCUGUGGCCCAGGCACACUAUCAGGGCAAGAACCACGCCAAAAGACUGCGGCUGGCCGAGGCGCAGCAGAACGCCACGUCCUUAGAUUUGUCCAACACUCAGAGACGGCAACGCAAAGAUGGAUAUGAGUACCGAUUAAUGAAGAACCGUAGGGUUCAGAACAACACUGCCAUGCCAGGCCCUUACUACAACCCACGGCCGAGGCAGCGUAUCCCACGAGACCUUGCGAUGUGCGUCACACCCAGUGGGCAGUUCUAUUGCUCAAUGUGUAACUCGGGUGCCAGUGAGGAAGCAGAGUUUCGUUUACACCUGGAGAGCAAGCAGCAUAAAAGCAGAGUGUCCGAGCAACGCUACCGUAGCGAGAUGGAGAAUCUGGGAUACACUUAAGAGGCAGCCAAUAAGUGAUUCCCAGAUCCUGAGGAAAUAAUCUUGCAAUUCUGGAAGUAGCCACUGGUAGUAUGGUGACGUUUUUUUUUUUAUGUGUGUUAUUCUAGAAGCGAUUUAUGAGCUAAAAUUCGCACACAUUUCUUUUGUACCAGACAAAGUUCUAAGAAGCUUUGUUUAAUAAGGAAUAUCUAACAAAAAGUUUUAAACGCACAUAAGCACUGAUUUAGGAUCAAUCUUAUCCUAUCAUUCUUAUCCUAGAUCACCUUUUGAGCAAGUACACAAAUAACAGAGUAUACUGCACUAUUGAAGAUUUGAAACUUUCAGUAUGGAUUUCUGUAUAUGUCUAGCAUUUUUUUUAAUUAUAAUUUAUUUAAAAUGACCUCCAACAUGCUUUGGAGAGGUAAUAAGUGUAAAAAACUGGUUGUUUGUUUUCCAGCUGUUUUUGCGUGCAAUUGAUGCCUCAAAAAGGGAAAAAAUCUAGCAGCAAUCAGUUACCUAAACAAACAGAAGUGGCAAUUCUACUCACUCUGAACCGUAGAUUCACUGUGUUUCUUCAGGAGCUACAGAACGCACGCUCUGCCGCUCUGCCGAUCAGAUUAGAGACUGCAUUCCCAGGAGAAUCCACACCGCGAGUCUCCGGCGUGCCUGCUGAAUGUACUAUGAAAGCAAUGACAAUAGAUCUACGUCUGUCUGUCAUCUAUCACAUGUUUACUAGAUGUAGUGGGAGAUUUUCAAUCUGACAAACACCAUUUAGUCUAUUUCGGGGUGUACAUCUGAUAUUGUUAACCAUCAUGCUUCAGUGCGAAAUUAUUUGGGUGAUUGUUGUUUAUUUUCAUCUUGGAUUAUCUCCAGGGAAUCUCUCCCCACACUAAAGGGAGAAAUGGAAAACAUGGCUAUUUUUAAUAAGGUCCAUGCCCCCUACCUCAGUCACAGCCUUCUGACUUAGUAGUUUUCAAGUUGGCCUACCAAAGCUUAUCUGAGAAAUGCUUAUAUAUUUAAAAAUUUUGUCUCCAAUAUUUACUAAGGAAAACAUGACCUUUGAAGGAAUAGUUCACCCUGAAAUGAAAAUUGAGAAAAUGAAAUGACACAGUUUUACUCUUGCUUACUCUUGUUUUGUUGCUCUUGAUAUAAGCUAUAAAAUCACUCUUUAGAGUUGCAGUUCAUUGCCCAUAAUUAUUUGCGAUGGUAAUUCUUCUGAUUUAUUAUUAGUCUGCAUGAAAUUAUUGCUGCUUGUACAUAUUAAGAGGACAAUUACGCUGCAAGAAAAGGACUAUUGCAGAACUGAAUUGCACUUGUUAAGAAAUGGAAAAGACAGUAUUGUGAUAAGUCAAAUUAUUAGGCAGACAUCUAUGUUUAUUCAAAUCAAAUGUUUACAGUGGGAAUCAUCACAAGGGACUUAUGGGAGCGUUUGUUGGACUAAUGGACUCAGUGAAGCCGUGAAGACAUCUUAAAUGUGCCUCGGAGUAUAAAGCCUACUCAACUGUGAUGUUGAGCAUUUCAUGUUGUUCUGCUUUGCAUAUAUUUCCAGUAGGAGGGACAUACAGUCCGGCAUAACAAGUAAUGUUUUGUGUAUUCAAUUACUGACCAUUUAUGUCAAGCUCUUUUUAUAUAAAUGUGGUGAUUUGUUUCAUAUGUAUAUAUUGAUAUAAAUUUAAAAUGGUCACUUUGCAUUUUAAACAUAAUAAUGCUAAUCUAAUUAUUCCAUAAAAUGCACCAUUGAUCAUCAGUGUGAUGCUUUGAUGGUAGAAAUUAUUUAGGCCAGAAAUUAUUUAUUAUUUUGCCACUUGCAGUGGACAAAUACAACAGAGAGGCAAGAGGAAAUGCAAUCAGAACAUGUUGCAGGCUGGACUAGAACCUGCAUUAUCCACAUGAGCACUACAGCUAUA